GUCCAGGGGAGGGUCCCGCAGGUCAGGGGAGGGUCCCGCAGGUCAGGGGAGGGUCCCGCAGGUCAGGGGAGGGUCCCGCAGGUCUGGGAGAGUGUCCCGCAGGUCUGGGAGAGGGUCCCGCAGGUCAGGGAGAGUGUCUCGCUGGUCUGGGAGAGUGUCCCGCAGGUCAGGGAGAGUGUCCCGCAGGUCUGGGAGAGUGUCCCGCAGGUCAGGGAGAGUGUCCCGCAGGUCUGGGAGAGUGUCCCGCAGCCCCCAACCACUCCCAGGGAACAGGACACCCAGACCCCGGCCCUGCCCUAACCCAGCCACACUGCACUAUGACCAGCCUCAGAGCCGGACGGAGGGCCCUGGCCCUGGUUCUCCUGGUUGUCCUCCAGCUUCAGGCCUGUAGGGGACAGGGGACUGCUGAGCUCAGGAAGCCCAUCUACCAGAGACUCAGACGACUGGACGAUCAGUUCCGUCGAUUCCAGGAACAGACCCUGAGCCGGUUAGACCUUCUGAACCAUGUGUCUAAUGUGUCGACCCCCCUAGAGGUCAGAGUUCAGACCCUGUCUGACCAACACAGAAACCUCACCCAGGAACUAACGCAACUCAGAGACACCACCAUACAGGAGCUGGACAUCCUGAAAGACCGGAGCAGUAAACUACAGAAGAAGAACAAGAGGAUGGAGGGAAGACUGGCCUCGCUGGAGAGAGGACUGAGACACAGACAGGGACAGGGCAGCAGGCAGACCCAGAGACUGAGUCAGGAGCAGGGAGAGUCUCUCUCCAGCCUCACCCUGGAGCUCCACAGCCAGGAGGGGCGUCUCGACUCACUGGAGGCCCAGCGAGAGGAGCUUCUGGUCGGGCUGAGAGGUCUCCAGGAGUCCCUGAGGGAGCAGGGUCUCCGGAUGAGCCGGCUCGAAGGGAGGCUGGGGGAGCUUUUACAGGGGAAUGUAAUCUCUUCCAGGGGAUCAGAGAGGACAGGAGACCCCAUCACCUCCAACCUCACCCCCCAGGACACAGCACCCCCACGGAGGACCCAGGCCUCCAGAGGACAGAGCCCAAGACAGGACACCCAGACAUAUUACCAGCCCCAGCCUCAGGCUAACACUCAGCCCUACUCUCAGCCCCAUCCCCAACCCCAUUCCCAGCCAAAACACACCAAAGACAGGAGGAUGAGGACAAGACUACAGCCUCCACCUCCCCACCCCACACAGCCUCCUUCUCAGUCCCAGGAGGAGAGGAAGAGGCUGGGGGAGAGAGGACAGGAGAGCCCCGGCCUGAGAUGA